AAGAAAGCCAGAAUCUUUGUUCAGCUGCACUGACUGAACAGACUUUGUAGGGGUUACCUGGCCAAGAGCAGCGGCAGCAGCGGCGGCAGCAGCAGCAACAGGAGCAGCAGCAACUGGGAUAACUUAGACAUAGUUUAACACUAUGGGUCCUCCUCUGAAGCUCUUCAAAAGCCAGAAGUACCAGGAACUAAAACAGGAAUGCAUCAAAGAUGGUAUACUUUUCUGUGAUCCAACCUUUUUGCCCGAGAAUGAUUCACUUUUUUACAACCGACUGCUUCCCGGGAAGGUGGUGUGGAAACGUCCCCAGGACAUCUGUGAUGACCCCCAUCUGAUUGUGGGCAACAUCAGCAACCACCAGCUGAUCCAAGGUAGACUGGGGCACAAGCCAAUGGUCUCUGCAUUUUCCUGUUUGGCUGUUCAGGAGUCUCACUGGACAAAGACAAUUCCCAACCAUAAGGAACAGGAAUGGGACCCUCGAAAACUAGAUAAAUAUGCUGGGAUAUUUCGCUUCCGUUUCUGGCAUUUCGGAGAAUGGACCGAGGUGGUGAUUGAUGACUUGCUUCCCACCAUCAAUGGAGAUCUGGUUUUCUCCUUCUCCACCUCCAUGAAUGAGUUUUGGAAUGCUCUACUGGAAAAAGCUUAUGCAAAGCUGCUUGGCUGUUAUGAAGCCCUUGAUGGUUUGACCACCACUGAUAUCAUAGUGGACUUCACUGGCACAUUGGCUGAAACUGUUGACAUGCAGAAAGGAAGAUACACUGAGCUUGUUGAGGAGAAGUACAAGCUGUUCACAGAACUAUACAAAACGUUUACCAAAGGAGGUCUGAUCUGUUGCUCCAUUGAGUCUCCCAAUCAGGAGGAACAAGAAGUUGAAACUGAUUGGGGUCUACUGAAGGGCCAUACCUAUACCAUGACUGAUAUACGGAAGAUCCGUCUUGGAGAGAGACUUGUGGAAGUCUUCAGUACUGAGAAGCUGUAUAUGAUUCGCCUGAGGAACCCCUUGGGAAGACAGGAAUGGAGUGGUCCCUGGAGUGAAAUUUCUGAAGAGUGGCAGCAACUGACUGCAGCAGAUCGCAAGAACCUGGAUCUUGUUAUGUCUGAUGAUGGAGAGUUUUGGAUGAGCCUGGAGGACUUUUGCCGCAACUUUCAUGAACUGAAUGUCUGCCGCAAAGUGAACAACCCCAUUUUUGGCCGCAAAGAGCUAGAAUCAGUGGUGGGAUGCUGGACUGUGGAUAAUGAUCCCCUGAUGAACCGUUCAGGAGGUUGCUAUAACAACCGUGAUACGUUCCUGCAGAAUCCUCAGUACAUCUUCACUGUGCCUGAGGAUGGGCACAAGGUCAUCAUGUCCCUGCAACAGAAGGACCUGCGUACAUAUCGCCGCAUGGGAAGACCUGACAAUUACAUCAUUGGCUUUGAGCUCUUCAAGGUGGAGAUGAACCGCAAAUUCCGCCUUCACCACCUCUACAUCCAGGAGCGCGCUGGAACUUCCACCUAUAUUGACACCCGCACCGUGUUUCUGAGCAAGUACCUGAAGAAAGGCAACUAUGUGCUUGUCCCAACCAUGUUUCAGCAUGGCCGCACCAGCGAGUUUCUCCUGAGAAUCUUCUCUGAAGUGCCUGUCAAGCUCAGGGAAUUGACUCUGGACAUGCCCAAGAUGUCCUGCUGGAACCUUGCUCGUGGCUACCCGAAGGUAGUUACCCAGAUCACUGUUCACAGUGCUGAGGGUCUGGAGAAGAAGUAUGCCAAUGAAACUGUGAACCCAUAUUUGGUCAUCAAGUGUGGAAAAGAAGAAGUCCGUUCUCCUGUCCAAAAGAAUACUGUUCAUGCCAUUUUUGACACACAAGCCAUUUUCUAUAGAAGGACCACUGGCAUUCCUAUUAUAGUGCAGGUCUGGAACAGCCGAAAAUUCUGUGAUCAGUUUUUGGGGCAGGUUACUCUGGAUGCUGACCCAAGUGACUGCCGUGAUCUGAAGUCUCUGUACCUGCGUAAGAAGGGUGGUCCAACUGCCAAAGUCAAGCAAGGCCACAUAAGCCUUAAGGUUAUUUCCAGCGAUGAUCUUACUGAGCUCUAAAUCUCCAGCUCCAGAAAAUCCUGACAGUUUUCCAUCAUUUUAUUUUCUGUCAGAUAUAAGGUCUUAUCACAUAUACAUAAUCUUUUGAAAAAAAGAAAUAGUAAUUAACUUUUCCUUUCUUCUGAUAACUUUCCCAUACCUCCCAAUCCAAGUAGCAUCAGUAGCUACAUAACCUAUAUACCUCCAGCAGCUGGACAGGGGGAGGUGACAGUCUUAUUCAUAGAUCAUAUAGAUGUUUGCUAAGAAAAGAUCUCUGGAACUUCCGGGGGUGAGAUUCAAUUAGGACAACAACAGCCUGGAUACCCUAUAGAUGUCUUUGCUGCUUUCAGAUGCCCAAUAUAUCUCCUCUGUAGAGCAUGUUGAGGAAGGAGGAGGGGUGACCAAGGCCAAGCUGGUCUAGCCUGACAUCCCAGCUCCUUAUUGAACACUA